AAAAGCUACGAAUGACAUUGAUCGGUCUAAACGAGACAAUUCGUUUGCGGUUCACGUACGAUACGCAAUUGUCAUUGGUUUUUAAUAAAUGAAAAUUAAUCUUUUUAUAAUGAAUUAACGUUAACGUUUAAUCAACCAUCAAUCUAAAUCUAAAUCUAAAAGUUUAUAUCCAAAAUGCGAUAUCCAUUUUAUAAUUGGAGUUGUCGAUCGAGGUCAAUCGAAAAAAAUUCUGGAUAUAUAUAUAUAUAUAUAUAAAUCUUUUGUUUGUGGUUGUAUCGAAUGACCAUAUUUUCAUUAACGAGAAGGACUAUAAAUUAGGAAGCGUAUGUGCCACCUAUAGCAGGUGCAUUCAAUUAGAUAGCCUUUGCUGGAGUUACAUAUCGUGAGGAUGGGUUACCGGAGCCGUAGGCAAACGGGUACAGGAGGCAGCCACAACGCGGCACGGAUCCGAGCGAGAGAGAGGGAGAAAGAGAGAGAGAGAGAGAGAGAGAGAGAGAGAAGAAGAGAGAGAGAGAGAGAAAGCACACGUAAUAGAAGAUAGGGUGAGGAUACGCGUUCGUGUAUAGACGUGUUUGUGUGUACGUGUGUACUCGAGAGAGAGAGAUAGAGAGAGAGAUAGAGAGAGAGAGAGAGAGAAAGGAAUACGAAGCAUAGACAGAGGGGUGAGCGGAAGGUGGAACGAGCUCGACUCCUACAAAUUACCUCCAAUUUCGUGUAAAUUCCUGGUGCCUGCGUCAGCGUAAUACCUGUAUUAGGACGCCCAGCUCCGGCUCUUAGACGGCAAUAAAUCUGUAUUAGGGCGAGUCGCAGCUCCUAUUCGCAAAACGGGCUACCUGGUACGACGUGACUGGUUAAUUUUUCAGAGAUACGAUUUGUCCGAUACUACUACCCUCGAAUACCCCUUUCGACUUACCAUCGUGUUAUAUAUCUUUCUCCGAAACGAAACCUUAUUCUCCUUGUUGUCCUUGAUUAUGAAAAAAGGGAAAAAGAUUCGAUCAAUAAAAAUGAUUAAGAUCGCUAACGGGCAUUGCCUGUAUUUGACACCAUAAACGGUUUUCCUUUUUUCCGUAACUAUAGCGAUCGGCAAUGGACUACUGUAAAAAGUCUCUGUGUCAAUGUAUAAGAGAGAAAGAGAAAGAGGGGAAAUAUGAGAAAGAUAUAUAACCAGAGAGAGAGAGAGAGCCAAAGAGAACACCGAAGAAAAGAAGAUAAGAAAACUUUAGAACGGUAGUUGGAGGAUUGGAGGGGUUAGGGGGAAGAAAAAAGGAAAAAAGAAGAAAGAGAGAAAAAGAAAAGAAAAGAAAUAGAUCUGUACAAGGCACGAGGGAGAAAAAAACGCGUGAAGCUAUAACAAGUGAAGGAAGGUAGAAAAAGAGAAUGAGAGAGAAAGAGAGAGAGAGGGAUACAGGAAGUAGUAGCGUGACGAGUGGUGAAAGUGAGAGGCAAAUGAAAGAGGAAGAAUACUGAUUACGACAGGACAAAGGAGGUGGUGCGUGGUGUCCAAAGAAUAUGGUAACGAAGGAAGGCAAGGAGUAUCUCGAAGUGAACCUUCAUAGUCCUCGCGUGCUUAUGUCGGUCAGGACUCAAGGUAGAUUCGGAAAUGGUCAUGGCGUUGAGUAUACAGAGGAAUACUUCGUCGAGUAUUGGCGACCUGGGUUCAACAAGUGGGUGCGAUGGAGAAAUCGACGUGGCACUGAGCUUCUGGCGGGUAACAACAAUCCGUACACAGAGAAAGAACAGAUCUUCGAUCCCGCCAUUGUAGCAACGAAAAUCCGUUUCAUACCUUAUACCUCUCAUAUGCGCAUGGUGUGCAUGCGCGUCGAGCUUUAUGGUUGUCCAUGGAUCGAGGGUCUGGUCUCGUAUUCCAUGCCCCAAGGAAUAAAGAGGGGUUCGGAGGUUGACCUUUCCGAUAGAACAUACGACGGCAGCGAGGAAGGAGGUUACCUCUCCGGGGGACUUGGUCAACUUGUCGACGGCCAGAAAGGUCCUGACAACUUCAGAUUGGACAUCAGCGGGAACGGGAAAGGAUACGAAUGGGUUGGAUGGAAGAACGACACGCCAAAUAUGUUGGGCAAACCAGUUGAGAUAACGUUUGAGUUCGAUUACUCAAGAAACUUCACUGCCAUACACCUGCACAUGAACAAUUAUUUCACCAAGGACGUACAGGUAUUCUCCUACGCGAAGGUUUAUCUCGGCGUCGGUGGAAACCAGUUUAACGGGGAACCUGUCCAUUUCUCUUACAUACCAGACCUGGUGUUGGAGCAAGCCCGCGAGGUUACUAUAAAGCUUCACUCGCGUGCCGCUCGCUUUCUCAAGCUUCAACUAUAUUUCGCGGCACGGUGGAUCAUGCUCAGCGAAGUAAUCUUCGAAUCAGUUCUUUCGGAAUGGAACAACACUGACGACGAGGAAGCAAAGAACAAAAGUUCCAUUGUACUAGCGACUGGCAGCCCCUAUCAGAAUAACGAGGGUCCGUUGCAAAGGGACGAAGUGAAGGCCACUUUUAAUAAGGAGGAAAACAACGAUAACGCCUUUCCAGAUAAGAAACAAGAGCCUGAGACAAAACAAUUUGUCGGUUUGGUCAUUGGAUUAUUAACAACGGUGAUCAUAAUGCUACUUGCCGCCAUCAUGUUUAUAUUCUAUCGAAAUCGUAGAUUGAAGGCUGCUCUUGCACCGCCAACAUUUUACGAUCAACAAGCCGAUCUCAAGGUUUCAGUACAGGAAGAGAGCGAGGACAAGGGACCAAUUUGCCCCCCUCUACCGGCCCAAUAUCAUCCCUCUGCCUAUAAUACGACGACGCAGCUUCAUGAGACCAUCGGCAAUUAUACAGGUGUUACCGAGGUGCAACCAGUCGUUCCACUCUUACUGAAUACACCAAUCGAGCAACUCGCCAGGCCAAUCCCAACGGUUCAAGAAUAUCCAGCCAAUAAUCCUCCACCUAUACCACCCCCACCGGAAAAGUAUUAUGCCAGUACAGAGAUCUGUAAGAGCCCUUUACCACCUUUACCACCGUCCCCAACGCCAAGCACACCGGCAGCUAUGAGUGCGAAAGCGUCGAGUAGCCUGACGAGUUACAGUGCUGAGGACACACUUACCGAGGAAGAGGAUGAAACGGCAGAGUGCAUCCUGGACUUCCCACGGGAGAAGCUCAACAUAGUCGAGAAUCUCGGAUGUGGAUACUUCGGUGACGUACAUCUUUGCGAGGUCGACAGGUUUCCCGGAUACGAUGACGUCUUCAGGAACACCGACAGCGACCUAGUCGUCGUUAAAUCUUUGAAGCCAGGAUCGUCAAAUGCUCUUAGGAUAGAAUUUCAACAGGAAGCAAAGAGAUUGGCACGUCUGAAUGAUCGGAACGUUGGCCGGUUACUUGGUGCCAGUCUUGAAAACGAUCCCAUGUGUAUCGUAUUGGAAAAUGGCGCGUAUGGGGAUUUGAAUCAGUAUCUCCAAAGUCACAUAGCCGAAACUUCAACUGUGCACACUGCCAAGACACUAAGUUUCGGCACGUUGGUUUACAUGGCCACACAAAUAGCAUCUGGCAUGAAGUACUUGGAGGAAAUGGACUUCGUGCAUCGGGAUCUAGCCACAAGGAAUUGUCUGGUAUGUCAAAAUUAUACCAUCAAGAUAUCCGAUUUAGGUUCAGGAAGGAGCGCAUACGCGGCCGAUUAUUUCCGAAUCGAAGGUCGGCCACCAUUACCCAUAAGAUGGAUGGCUUGGGAAUCUAUGUUAAUGGGAAGGCACACGUCGAAGAGCGACGUCUGGGCGUUCGCUGUCACGCUCUGGGAAAUUUUAACCUUUGCCAGGGAGCAACCCUUUGAAGAACUUCCGGAUCAUCGGGUGGUCGAGAAUGCGACGUAUUUUUACCAAGAGGACGAGAGACGAAUGAUACUUCCACUUCCGAAGAACUGUCCUAAGGAGAUCUACGAGCUGAUGCGUGAAUGUUGGCAACGUAAUGACGUAGAUCGGCCAAACUUCCGUGAGAUACAUCUAUUCCUACAAAGAAAAAAUCUUGGUUACAAGCCGAACACAUCCAACGACACUUGAUAUCGAGAAUUGGAAGGCUGGAACCUGAUCCGGCUUUCUAUGAUUGGCGAGCUCAACGGAAAUUGGUGGAACUGUCCCUCAUCGACCAACUUAGAACAAAUCGGUCCGAGUUAGUAGCCGAAUUAAAAAGAGAGAGAGAGAGAGAGAAAGACAGUGAGAAAGACAGGGAGAGAGAGAGAGAGAGAGAGAGAGAAAGAGAGUGUUUGGUGAAGGAUGCUUUAGGUUUAACGAGCCAUGAAUCGGCCCUUCCGGUAACGGCCUUCUAAUUGCAAAAACUUGUAGGCUUUCACGGUCUAAGGGCUAAUCGAGGGAAAACAAAAAAAAAAAAAGAAAAAGGAAAAAAAGAAAGAAAGAAAGGAAAUAAAACAGGUGACGGAAAAAAAACGUAACGUAAUUACUUUUACCGUUCUCUAUUGAAUUAUUGCCAAUUGGAAGUCCCAAAAUUUACGAGAAAUAUAUAUAUAUAUAUAUAUAUAUGACCCAAGCGAAACGUUGAGAAGGGAUCAGAUGAAAGGAAUAUAAUCUCAAGUGAAAAAGUAAAAGACGAAGAACGAAUGUCAAGCGAACAGCUUCGUCUUUUGCUUUACUUUCCUUUUUUGCUUUUCUUUUUUCUUUUUCUUUUCUUUUCUUUUUUCUUUCUUUUUGCUUGUCUCUUCACUUUCCAGUCUACAUAGUUCUUAUGAAAACGAAUCGUGAAGAUGAACUCACACAUACCAAGAUGAGGAGUUUUGCAUUUACCAAAUUGCUACCGAGGUCAUUGGACUGACGCAAUAUAUGUGAAAAAUUUGGAAUGAUCUUUUGGAUCAAAAGUUUACUGUUGCCGUUACUU